GUCAAUUGCCCAAGCAAAGUAUUAAAUACGAAUGUUCUUUGCGCGCCGACAAGCACAACAACUAACUACACAAAUACUACAUUUACGUGUCGCCUUUCGUCGUGCGUUUGUCCAGAAGAUGACUGGCUUUCAGCUGCAAGAGAUCAACGGGGAUCUCUUCUCGGCACCGAAGACCCACUCGCUGGCCCAUUGCGUUGGCGCCGAUCUGGCCAUGGGCGCGGGCAUAGCUGUCAAAUUCAAGGAGGUCUACGGCCAAGUGGAUCAGCUGGAGGCACAGAAGGCGCGCAGCGGCGAGAUGGCCGUGCUGAAGGAUGACGAACGCUACAUCUACUAUCUGGUGACCAAGUCACAGAGCUGGGCACUGCCCACAUACGAGUCGCUGCAGUCGUCGCUGGAAAAGAUGCGCGAUCACAUGGUCAAGAAUGACAUCCAUAAGCUGGCAAUACCACGCAUAGGCUGUGGCAUCGAUGGCCUGGAGUGGGAUAAGGUCAGUGCCAUAUUGAACGAGGUCUUCGGAAGGGAGGAUGUGGAGAUUACAGUUUACAACUAUGUGCCGCCACAGCAGGCACAGUAACUCGAAGGAGCUCAACAAAUUUACAACAGUUCCUGUUUAUUUAAUUUGUUUGGCUGCACCUGGCACAUAAUUAUAUACA